AUGUCUUGUCAGAUGCCUCCGAGGGCAAAGAAUGUGCGCACCAGAUCCCAAGCUCGUCGUUCAGGUGGUGCUGAUGAGGCCUCGGGCACAUCAGGAAGUGUUGCCCCAGUGCCCCCAGCUCAUGUGGAUCAGCAGGGAGAGAACCUUGCGGGAGGUGUGCCUGUUCAAGUGCCUCCAGCAGCGGAAGCAGCUCAUGCUGCAGUCCUGGAGGAGUUGCGCCGUUAUCGAGAGAUGUAUGGCCACUUGAACCCUGGAGUGGGAGUGAAUGCUCAGCAGGAGCAGCAGAAUGUGCAGCCGCCAGUGUUUGAGCCGCCGCCUGUGGUAGUGCCGCCAGUGUUUGUUCAGCAGCAGUAUGUGCCUCCACCGCCUCUUGCGCCUAAUAGGAGAUUGCAUAGAUGGGAAAAUCUGGACACUGACAUACUAGUGAGGAUUUUUAAGAAGUACUUUAGCCUCGAUGAGUUGACUUCUGGAGUAGCUCAUGUCUGUAGAGGAUGGCGUGUGGCUUGCUGCGAUCCCAUUCUGUGGAACACGCUCGAUUUAUCACACAUGAGAUCUAAGUUCGUCAAAAUCUCAUGUAAGCCAUGUUUGUACGUGGUUGGCCACUCUGAUAAGAAACUGACUUGGAUCUUGAAACUCUCCAUGAGUCUUAGCAAGAGAAACACAAAGACCUUGAUUUUCCAUUACGACUUGUUGCCGAAUGAUGACAUGAUUACUUACACCACAAGAAGGUGUCCAAACUUGAGACGCUUGGUGCUACCAUCUUGGAACAGAAUAGAAGAGAGGGGUAUAUGCGAUGCAAUAAGUUUCUGUAAGAAACUAGAGUCACUAACAAUUCCAAGCAUGCCUAACCCGCAUUUUGUCUUCUCGGCGAUCCGAGAGAACUGCAAGAAAUUUAGAGAGCUCAAGGUAAUGGGUCCCAUCGAUCUUUUCUUCAUCCAGAACCUCGUCUGCCUCCUCCCGAAGCUGAAAGUCCUCAGCCUCAGAUGCACCUCCAUACACAUAGAUGCGCUCACAAAGAUCUUGGAUAAAAUGAAAAGACUCGAAGUUCUCAAUGUUUCUCAUUCUUACAUUGAGGUAAGUGAUACGGAGGUUCCAUGGAGCACGAUAAUAGAGAAGGCCUCCAAGUUGAAGCAGUUUGUGGCUUGUAAGGAUCCCAAGACUUGCGUCAAGUGUCAGUGGAUGGAGAAAGAUGAAAAAGUCAUGAGGUGGAAUAUGUAUGAUGAAGGGCUAUGGAAAGAAGACGAAGUAAGCUCUCUUCAUCUCUGA